AUGCAUUAAAUUGUUGUUAAAGCACUUAUUCGAGAAUUCCUCAUCAAGUCAGGACUCACUGAGACCUUAAACACCUUUGACCAAGAGUACAAAGACAAGACUACCAUAACUAGGAUGGAUGUUAUUUUGUAGCUUGGACUUUCAAUAAUAGUAAAACGAAACAACGAAUCAUUGAAACCUCUAAAGAGUUUAAUAGAAAUCCUGGUUUCUCAUCUUCUCACUAAGAAAGCAUAUUUGGAAGCUUAAACAAUAGCAUCAAAAGCUGAGAGGAUUGAGGAUAUACCUUAAGAUGUCCCAUAUGAUCCUAGUGUUGGUGCAUCUCGCAUGAAUAAAAUGAAGAAAAGACCCUAAUCAGAAUACAAACCCAAAAACUUGGAUUUAUCAAAAGAAGAGGAAGUUGUCAUUGAAUAGAAAGAGGACAAGAAGGAUGAGACAUUCUCAUCAAAUAAAGGAGCAUUCGAAGCACCAAGAAAACCGUCAACAAAGCAAGUCAGAUUGUUUGAUGGUUAAGAUGACAAAGUGGAUGAUCAAUCUAAAUAAGAAAACAAAGAAAUCCCUUCGUUACUAAUAUCUCAACCGCCCAGAUUGAUCAAUAUGAAAAAAUAAUCAGAAAAGAAAGAAGCUGAUCAAGUAAUGCUCAGAGAUUUACAGGAUAAUAAUUAAGAGGAUCCAUCUCUGAACAUUAAAGUCGAGUAUUAGAAGUGCAAUAUUAAACAACAUAAUGUGCAACUUCCAUUUUCAAAUCUUAAUUAUGAGAAAACAAUAGGAUUUAAUUAAGGGAAAAGAAAACCUCAACAAAAAUCAAUUACACAACCUAUUAAGAAACUACUGUUCUAAGGCACCAUGACUGGACUACCAAAAAGUUGGUCAUAGCCAUUUAUAUUUAAAGAUGAACCUACUUUCUUCGGAUUACAUUAGUUAGAAGGUGGCCCAUGUGGUGUUUUAGCCUCAGUCUAAGCCUAUUAUCUUAAACAUUUUCUAUUUUCUUAAUCCAGCUAUUCCAAGUCUUCUAUUAAAUAAAAUUGUUUACUUGCUGCUUUAUCUGAUAUAUUUUAUAAAGCUAAUAAAGAGAGACUUAUAAUAGCUAUCCCAGCAAGGGAUUCCUCCAUGAGUCAAGCAAUAGGAACUGAAAGUUGUGAUCAAUUAGAAUAUUAAAUCAAAUCUCUUAGUUAUUUGUAUGAAGUAUUGUUGGAACAUGCAUCUCUGUUUUUUGGUCAAAAUGGAGUCACUUUGUUCUUCUAUUCCCUUAUUUUAACAAAAGGUGUAGAAUAAAUUAUGUAGGAAAUGGAUUCAGCCGUAAAUCCUUUGAUUGGUAAUCAUGGUCAUUGUACUCAAGAAGCUGUUAAUCUGAUGUUGACUGGAUAGGCUAUUAGUAAUUGUUUUGAUGGAUGCAAAUAAAUAGAUGACAUGAAAAUAAAGGGAAUUGAGGAAAGAAGCGAAAUUGGAUUCUUGACUAUCUUUGAACACUUUUAAUAUCUUGAAGUGGGUAAGAAUCUGAAAGAGCCCUUACUUCCCAUUUGGGUGAUUUGCAAAGAAUAUCAUUAUUCAGUCAUUUUUGGUUGCAAUAAUGAUGUAAUUUAAGACAAGCCUUAUUUAAAAAACAAUUUAAAAGAGUUUGAUCUCGUUUUCUAUGAUGGAUUGAAUAACCCCGAUGAUCUCAUCAUCAUCACAAUAAGAAGAUUGGGUGCUUAGUUAGGAAAAUAGAAAAAGAAGAUUCAAAUAGAGGGAGUUCAAUUUGAUUCAAGUGAUAAAGUGACACCCUUGAUCGAGUGUUUACUUAAAACGAAAUAUGGAGAAUUAGAAUUAGAUUGGAAUGAUAGUAUGCCAAUAUUAUGA